CCAAUAAGAAAAGACUAGAACAAUUUGUUUAACAGUAACUCUUAUGUAGGAGUACUGGCGUGCUUACUAUGGCUAUGUCUAUAUAUACAUAUUGCAUAUGUAUCUAUAAAUGCAUGUAUAUAUAAAAAGAUUGAAGCAAAGAAAGGCGUGAGAAGAAAAAGGGGUUUUGUGCUUUUGUUGUGGGAGAGAGAGAGAAAGAAAUGGGAAGGGGUAGGGUUGAGCUAAAGAGAAUAGAGAACAAGAUCAACAGGCAAGUGACCUUCGCUAAGAGAAGAAAUGGACUUUUGAAAAAAGCUUAUGAGCUUUCUGUUCUUUGCGAUGCUGAGGUUGCUCUCAUCAUCUUCUCCAAUAGGGGAAAACUCUAUGAGUUCUGCAGUAGCUCUAGCAUGCUAAGGACUUUAGAGAGGUACCAGAAGUGCAACUACGGAGCACCAGAAACGAAUAUAUCCACACGAGAAGCACUGGAAAUUAGUAGCCAGCAGGAGUACUUGAAGCUUAAAGGACGUUACGAAGCAUUACAGCGAUCACAGAGGAAUCUUCUUGGCGAAGAUCUUGGUCCUUUGAACAGCAAAGAACUUGAAUCACUUGAGAGGCAGCUCGAUAUGUCGCUGAAACAGAUCAGAUCAACUCGGACUCAGUUAAUGUUGGAUCAACUUACAGAUCUUCAGAGAAAGGAACAUGCAUUGAACGAAGCCAACAGAACCUUAAAACAAAGGUUGAUGGAAGGAAGCCAACUAAAUCUCCAGUGGCAGUCAAAUGCACAAGAUGUGGGCUACGGCCAGCAACCAACUCAAACUCAGGGCGAUGGUUUCUUUCAUCCUUUGGAAUGUGAACCCACUUUGCAAAUUGGGUAUCAGAAUGAUCCAAUAACAGUAGGAGGAGCAGGGCCCAGUGUGAAUAACUACAUGGCUGGCUGGUUACCUUGAAAGCUCAUGAUUCUGAUGACAUUAUUAUAUAUAUGCUCAAUGGUUUUUCUAUCAUAAACGUUAAAUCUCCUAAUUUAUGUAUGUUUUUUGAGAAAACAUUUCAUCCUAGACUAAUUGGGGAUCCAUAAGACAAUCCCAUUAUUGUUAGUAAAUUAUAAACUAGAUUUCCUAGAGUGCUUAAUCAGUAAAGUUAUUUUCCUCCA